GGCGUCAAACGGAUAGCAACAACAAAGAUUUGUUGUUCGAAGAUAAACAGACCACGGAAUCGAGUAACCUUCAGCAAGAAAGAUAGGGGUAAUUGCCUGGUGAAUAGUGAAUGUUCUCUAUCACAUACAGAAAAAAAAAUGGAUCACAGAAGCCAAAUGACACUAAUUGGUGCAGAAAAUCGUCUUAGUUUUGACGGAAAAACGGAACCAUCCAGCCCCAUAGAAAAGGAGCGAAUUGGUGAUAAGAGAGACAUCCCCUUUUCGCGUUGCAGCAGCACGAGUAGCAUCCAUACACUUUCAUCUUCAGCACAAAAUACAGAUGAUGAAGAUAGUGACAAUAAGAGCACCAAGAGUUAUAAAGAGAGGAGACGAGAAGCUCAUACCCAAGCAGAGCAAAAGAGAAGAGAUGCCAUUAAAAAGGGCUAUAGCUCUUUGCAAGAUCUAGUACCUACAUGCCAGCAACAAGAUCCAAUUAGUGGCUACAAAUUAAGUAAAGCAACAGUUCUUCAAAGAUCAAUUGAUUAUAUUCAAUUUCUCCAGCAGCAAAAGAAGAAACAAGAAGAGGAAUUGUCAGCUCUGAGAAAAGAAGUCAUUGGCUUGCAGAUCAUGAAAAGCAACUAUGACCAAAUAGUUAAAGCCAAUCAGUCUCAGUCUGGACAAUCUGAGAAUAGAGUACCUGAUGAAGUCAAAUUCCAACUGUUUCAAACUAUCAUGGAGAACCUGUUCCUGACAUUUGAUUCUAUGGUGUCUGCAGCUAGCUUUGUGGAUCUUUCAAGUAAUGUCUUUGCCUGGGUUGAGGAACAUUGCAAACCUCAGGUUCAAGUGUGCACUGGUCAUGUUUCUAUUACACUUCUGAUAAUGUUUUGUGUGGGCUGCAGAGUCUGAAAAACUUGGCAGUCAGUGUGCUUCAACAACUCAUCACGGGGUCCAAUUGAAUCCACCAAAACGAAGAAGUGCGUAAUCAACAUGUACUCAGCUUACUUGUAUGCCACAUUGGCUGAUCCUUGCCGCGUCUAAUGCCCAGAAUUUGCCAGAUACCAUCAGCACUGCGUGAUACUACAAUUCUCCGAGGGCUUAUAAGAAACCGCCAAAGAAAUUCAAACUCAAUAUAUGAUGACUUUUUAGUCUUUGUAAAGUUACGUGUGUGUUAGUCGGAAUAGAAUUAUCUCGUAUUUUAA